AGUACGUGACGCGUAGAGCAUAAAAAACAAACAAACGGGCUCACACAGAGUCCCAGUGCACAGAUACAGAUACAAAGAUACUUUGCCUUUGUUCCUCUGCUCUGUCUCCCAAGUUGAUGGCUUGUGUUAGCAUUUUUGAAUGGCUGUUUAUAAUGGAACACCUUAAACAGAUUUAACGAUCUUUCUGGAGUUCUUUGAAGGCCUUGUGCUCCGUGCUAAUUUUCCACCGAAAGGAACUAUUUUGAGCACCUCUAGAUGAUUGUUCUCCAGCCUGCCUGAUGAAUUCCAGUACCACGGACAUUGACGAUCUUCGCUUACUUGAAAACAUAUGCGCGGUCUCACUCUAUAUAUAGAACCCUUGCGAUGGUCCACGGACUCUGGUAUUUUCCAUACGAUUCCUUUUGAUCGUCGAAUGUUCUGCAAAUUGUUAAUGCACUCGAACAUAGUACAUACACAACUGAAAAAUAAAUAUAUUUAAUCGAAUCUUUUUUUUUAUAAAAAUUAACUAUAUUUAUAAAUAUAACGUUAAAGCUAUCAUUUUUAAUUUCUACGUGCUCAUAAAUAUAUUUCACUUUUACCAACCUUAGUCAUAUUUUUCACUGUGUAGUAAAAGCCAGACAUAAAAGGAAGCUGCAGUCCCCCUUUAUCAACCCCCUUUUUCUCUCUUUUCUUUCUCUCUCUCUCUCUUCCCCAUCCCUUUUAGGGAAGCAGUCCAAAAAGGAAGUUGCAAAAACAGGAGCAGCUGCUGCAACAAAUGAGAUUUGCACAUUUUAGUGAGCGAAUUUCUCUGAGAGGAGCGCUUCUUACCAAGAAGCGCAAACACACUGGGAUAAAAAUAAAUACAAUUCUACGUUCGUGCUCCUGCUCACGUACAUGAGUCCGCCGAUAUCGAUACCACCGAUACCUGAUUCGAGUACUUUUGCGGCUUAUGGCCUGGUGAGGAGGGAGUGGCGGGGUGUGUGUGGUUAAUGGACCGAUUGCGACAGACGUGACACUUGGCCAAGUGAAAGGUACCACCAAUGAUACCAUUGUCCGCAUGUUUUCGGCAUUUCGUGUGGGUACAGUAUGUGUUAAGAGAAUAUAUCUGUUUGCUGACAUUUGAUUGCACAUGUGCGAGUCGAUUUAAAGUGAGUGUGUGUGCGCGGUUUUUUCUUUUGACAGUCAUUUUUCGAAAAUAUAUUGUUUGAGGCCCUGUGGGCUGCAUUCGAGAACCUGUUUCAUGCAAAUUCUACGGCCACCUGGCAGCUGAUUCAAAAAAUAAAACAAAAAAAUUUAAAGAAGAGGAAGCAGUCCCAAAACAAACACACACACGCGCCAUGCUCUGACAAAAAAUCAAAAAUAUAAAGAAGAGCAGCAAAACAAAAAGCCAGAAGAAGAGCCUGACAAGACAACGGAAUUCUGCUUGAUAUGCAUCGAAAGCUGAAGGCGAAGAGAAUUCGAAACAAGACAAGAACCGGCAAGAGAAAGUUAAAGUCGCGUCUAGCAUAACAACGUUUCCGUUUGGGAAGAUCAAACACACUGCCCGGAGGAGAAGCUCCCGAAAGAUCCUGAUCCUUGCCCACUGAGAUCCAAACUGUGCCAAGAUGUAUAAGUUGCUGGGUAGCCUGAAGAGCUACCUCAAGUGGCAGGACAUCCAGACGGACAACGCCGUCUUCCGGCUGCACAACUCCUUUACCACGGUGCUCCUGCUAACCUGCAGCCUGAUCAUCACCGCCACCCAGUACGUGGGCCAGCCGAUUAGCUGCAUCGUCAAUGGCGUACCGCCGCACGUGGUCAACACGUUCUGCUGGAUCCACAGCACUUUCACCAUGCCGGACGCUUUUCGCAGACAGGUUGGCCGAGAGGUGGCUCAUCCCGGUGUGGCCAAUGAUUUUGGCGACGAGGAUGCCAAGAAGUACUACACCUACUACCAGUGGGUGUGCUUCGUGCUUUUCUUCCAGGCCAUGGCCUGUUAUACGCCCAAAUUCCUGUGGAAUAAAUUCGAGGGCGGACUGAUGCGCAUGAUUGUGAUGGGUCUGAAUAUCACGAUCUGCACCCGCGAGGAGAAGGAGGCCAAACGCGAUGCCCUGCUGGACUAUCUGAUCAAGCACGUGAAGCGCCACAAGCUGUACGCCAUUCGGUACUGGGCCUGCGAAUUUCUCUGCUGCAUCAACAUUAUCGUGCAGAUGUAUCUGAUGAAUCGCUUUUUCGAUGGCGAGUUCCUCUCGUACGGUACGAAUAUCAUGAAGCUUUCGGAUGUGCCGCAGGAGCAAAGGGUGGAUCCCAUGGUCUAUGUGUUCCCCCGGGUGACCAAGUGCACCUUCCACAAGUAUGGUCCCUCUGGUUCGCUGCAGAAGCACGACUCACUCUGCAUCCUGCCGCUGAACAUUGUGAACGAGAAGACGUACGUGUUCAUCUGGUUCUGGUUCUGGAUCCUGCUCGUCCUGCUCAUCGGACUGAUAGUGUUCCGUGGCUGCAUUAUCUUUAUGCCGAAAUUCCGACCCCGCCUCCUGAACGCCAGCAAUCGCAUGAUUCCGAUGGAGAUCUGUCGCUCGCUGUCCCGCAAACUGGACAUCGGUGACUGGUGGCUAAUCUAUAUGCUGGGUCGCAAUCUUGAUCCGGUCAUCUACAAGGACGUGAUGAGCGAGUUUGCCAAGCAGGUGGAGCCCUCCAAGCACGACCGUGCCAAGUAGACCAGAUGUACGAGAUGAUGCCCCCCGAUAUGCCGUUCGAUAUAUCAAUCACCCUGCCUAUUAGUCCCCAUCAUUUUGUCCGAAACCCGAAAUUCCGAAUUCUGUUUUGGAUUUUUUAUUUUUAUUUAGCACAAAUCAUACUACUUAGUUGAAACUCGAGACCAGGACAGGGCCACGCCCCCAACGCCCCGUUGGUAGUUCUGUGAUUAAGCCCUGACCUUUUAACCCCUUCCAAAAACGAACCCAAUUCCCAUCCCCUGACCCAAGCCAAAAGCUAUCAUACACAUGGAUUAAUCAAUGAUCACAACUCGAAUCGCUUGGCAGAAAAGACAAUUCUUUUAUUUUAAUUUUUUUUUUAUUUUUGAUUUUCCAUCAAUGAUAACAAGACAAACAAAC